AAUAACUUUCCCAAAAAACAAUCUUUAUUCUUAUAUCGCCCUUCCAAUCCGUUCGCUUGCUUUCUAGCUGUCGUCUACUUUCGCUUUUGCAAGUAUGAAGAACGUUGCGACCCUUGCAGCCUUCGCUGCUGGGGCUAAUGCCCUUGUUGGCCGGAGCGACUCUUGCUGCUUUCACCUGACAGCUUCUGGUGAUGCUUCUGGCACCAUUGGCCAGCUGGGUGAUGGUCAGAACCGCAUUGGUGGUGGACUGCCCGCCACCCAGUUCUGCAUUGACUCCAAUGGUGGCAUCACUGAUAGCAGCGGACGCGGUUGUGUCGUGACUAGCGAUACCACGCAGUUCCAGUGUGACUUGGGUAAAUCUCCUAUGUCGGGUUUCUCCAUCACCUCCUCUGGUGAGCUGGAGUACAACGGUGACGCCGAUUUUGUUGCCUGCCAAACUGGCGACAACAACGAACUGAACCUUUACACCACCGAGAACUCCUCCGUCACUGGCUGCGAGAACAUCAAGUUGACAGCUGAUUCCUGCGCGGGCUCUGGUGCUGGUUCUGUUGGUUCUAGCUCUGCUCCGGCUUCGACCCCCGCGCCUCAGUCCAGCACGCCGGCUCCUGCUCCUUCCUCCAGCGCUCCAGGUGUCCCUGGCGCUGGUGCGUCGACUGGUUGGGUUCCCGGUGGUCCUGCCUCCAGUGCUUCCGUGCCCUACGGUCCUGGUCCCCAGUCUAGCGGCGCCGUGCAAGUGACGACCGUCUAUGUGACUGAAACCUACUGUGGUGCUGAGACUACUCCUGUGGUUUCUGUUCCUGGGGAGAGUACUGUUCCGCUGGUUCCCGUUGGACCCGGGUCUUCUGCUCCCGCUGGUUCCCAGCCGGCCCCGUCCGGAUCCCCUGCUCCUCAGCCAUCCGAGACUCCAUCCUACCCUCAGUCGUCCGAAAGCCCUGCUCCUCAGCCUUCGGAAACUCCUUCGUACCCCCAGUCCUCGGAGACCCCGGUCCCCCAGCCUUCUGAGACUCCCGCUCCUCAGCCCUCUGGCUCUCCUGCUCCUCAGCCAUCCGGGUCUCCGGCCCCCCAGCCAUCUGAAUCGCCCGCUCCGCAGCCGUCCUCCUACCCCCAGACCUCUGGAACUCCUGCUCAGCCGUCUGGUACUCCAUCUUACCCUCAGACCUCCGCGUCUCCCAGCAGCGCUCAGCCUUCUGGCACGGCUACCCAGUCGUCCUCUGCCAGCUGCCCCACCGAUCUCUCUGGCGACUAUGAGUACCCUCACUUGAUCGUCCCCAUCAACUCUUCUACCCCCGACACCGCCUACGGUACUCAGUACUUCGGCACCGUCUCCUCCACCGUCUCGACCAUCUUCAACUUCGAUAUCCCGUCUUCGGACUCUGGAAAGACCUGCAGUCUGAUCUUCCUGUUCCCCACCAAGGAUCAGCUUGAGACCUCUGACUACACCUUCAGCGGAGACGGCAAGAUUGACUUCUCCCAGCUCGAGUCUGCUGCCAGUGAGUCGACGACCUACAACAACGCUCCUGGGGUCAAGCAGGACUACGGCGACUUCACCGUCUCACCUGGCAACUCCUACCUGAUCUCCACGUUCUCCUGCCCGGCUGGCCAGACUGUCAGCUACGAGAUGAAGGAGGCUGGUAGCACCUACCUCAACUUCUUUGAGGACUACAACCCCUCUCCUCUCGGUCUGUACAUCACGGUCUGCUAAGCUCGUCAGACAUAGCGAUCGCAUCCGGCAUCACGCGAACAUGAUUAAUGGACCCGUUAUGUUUUCUAUUUAUUGAUUUUUAUUCCCUUUAGUUUUAAGACAUGACCAUUCCUUCUUUUGAUACUUAACCGGGCGCCGGAUACGGUCUCUGACCGGAGAAAAUACUGAUAUUGGAAAUACAAAAAUUGGCUAUAUCAAGGAUAUUUUUCAGCUAGUAGCGGUGUAUUAUAAGCUAUAGCUCUCGGGUCUAAUUACAUUAAUCAAUUGUGCCUAUCAGACAUUUGAUACGAACA